UCCUCCCAGGUUCCAGCUGGUGGAGGUAAUGCAACAUUAACAUUGGCUGCCAGCCGCCGUUAAACACCAUAGAAGAAGAAACCCCCCCGGUCACAUGACGUGGAGGUUUCCGGUCCGACCGAGGAGAAAGUGGCGGAUUUUAAGGCGCUACGGAGCAUGGUAUCCAGUUUGAGUGUCGUAGCUACAAGUGUUAAAAAAAACACGAGCGUUCGCAAGCACCCCCUAAAGAACGCCUUCUGCAGUCCAGCCCACUAUCAAGGAAUUGAAUCAACUGUGCCAUCCCAAGGCGGUAGACAGUAGUCUCCCAUCAAGUCAACGUUCUUCUAGGCAGAGGAAGGAGGUGUUCUGACCUCAGUGACCCUGGACUCUGACCUGGUCUCUGAUUCACUGGUCUUGUCUGGUGAUUCGCUGGUGCUUGACGAGGAGACCAAUAAGGAGUUGAGGAUGAACCUCCAGCAGCCCGCCCCUCUCAUCCCUCCGGUCCACCCAGACAUCCAGAUGAAGUCUCUCCCGUUCUACGACGUGUUGGAUAUCCUUGUCAAACCCUCCAGCUUGGGUCAGUGUGUCUCUGGCACCAGUGGUGUUCAGAGAUACAACCAAGAUAAGUACUUCAUCUUCGCCUUGACGCCUCAACAAGUCAGGGAGGUGUGCAUCUCCAGGGACUUUUUACCAGGCGGCAGAAGAGACUAUAUGGUUCAGAUACAACUGAGGUUCUGUCUUUCAGAAACCAGUUGUCCCCAAGAAGACAACUACCCAAACAGUCUCUGCAUUAAAGUCAAUGGGAAGCUGUUCCCCCUUCCGGGUUAUGCCCCUCCCCCUAAAAAUGGAGUGGAACAGAAGAGACCAGGGAGACCUCUAAACAUCACCUCAUUGGUCAGAUUGUCCUCUGCAGUACCCAAUCAGAUCUCUAUAACGUGGGCACCUGAAAUCGGAAAGACGUACUCUGUGUUGGUGUACCUGGUGAGACAGCUCACCUCACCUCUACUGCUGCAGAGGCUCAGGAUGAAGGGCAUCAGAAAUCCAGACCACUCCAGAGCGCUGAUAAAAGAGAAGCUGACAGCAGACCCUGACAGUGAGAUUGCUACAACCAGUCUGAGAGUAUCUCUCAUGUGCCCUCUGGGUAAGAUGCGUCUGACAGUGCCGUGUCGAGCUCUCACCUGUUCCCACCUGCAGUGUUUCGACGCAGCCCUCUACCUGCAGAUGAAUGAAAAGAAGCCCACUUGGGUCUGUCCUGUCUGUGACAAGAAGGCCCCCUACGAGAGCCUGAUCAUUGACGGGUUGUUCAUGGAGAUUCUGAACGACUGUUCCGAUGUGGAUGAGAUCAAGUUCCAGGAGGACGGGACCUGGUGCCCCAUGAGACCAAGGAAAGAGGCCCUCAGUGUGUCCUCAACCUGUAUCCCAAAAAUAGAACCACGUCAGUGUGCGGUGGUCCCUCCCCACAGAGAGCCCAGCUCGACCAAUAAGAAGGCAGACGUGAUCGACCUGACCCUAGAGAGCUCGUCAGAGGACGAGGAGGAGGAGGAGGAGGACCCUGACCCGCCACUCAAGAAGCGAUGCCUCUACAUGUCCAAGACCGAGGAGGUGCACGCCAAGGGAGUGUUGUCCUAUCAGCCGUCGACAGUGUGCCUGCCAAACGCCCUGGACACAUCAUCCUACCUGACGAACUCACUAGCCGACUAUACAGUCCCCUUCCACCACUCCACCCUGUCCACCAUCCCUACGGACAUGCAGGGUCUGGAUCUGUUCUCGCUGAUCCAAGGUGACCCGCAGCAUUACAGAGCUCCCAUGUUCCUGGAUAACCUGACCAGCAGCCUGCAGGGUGCCACCACUAGCGCCGGCCUGGUGUCCUCUUCUGGCCAAUACGACACCAGUUCCCACCUCUUCUCCACCUCUUCUUACCAAACUGGGGUUAUUACUGGGGGAGGGGUAGGGUCUAACAGCAUCUCAGACAUCAUCUCAUUGGACUAAUUCUCUGGUCCCUCACAGGAGCCUUCUAUCAGAAGCCUUCAAUUGGUUGUGUCCUGAAAUGGAAUCCUAAUCCCUAUAUAGUGCACUACUUUUGGCCGUACAGCAGAAAGUAGUGCACUAUAUAUGUAAUAAAGUCUGCAUCAGAAAUGACACCAUGUCCAUAGGCCUUCACCACUGGGACAGACUGUGGCCUUCACUGGGACCGUAAAGAUACAUUCCUUUCGCCAGACCCCUGCUUUGUAGGUCAGAGUUGAUGAAAGGAUAAGAAAGUUAGAGGCCCCACACCUACACUCCACGUUGAUCUGAGGUAAUGAGGAACAGAAGAUUGCCUUUUCUAUUGGAUGAACUGACAUGGAAGUGGGACAAUGGUUGACUGUGUGGAUUGUUUGAAACGGUGUUGUGUGUCAGUACCUAGGAGGAGUCAUCCCAAGGCAGCUCAUUGUUUUACUAACUAAUUAAGUGUUCAAGGAGAAACACUAUAUAAAACCCCAUUGUACGGUACAGUUGGAGUAUUCAUACCCCAUUGAUUAAAUAUUAUGUUACAGCCUAAAUUCAGAAUGGAUUCAAUUGAUGUCCCCGCCCCCCCCCCCCCCAUCUACACACAAUACCCCAUUAAUGUCAGUGAAAGCCUAUUUUUAAACAUUUGUGCAAAUUGAUUGAAAAAUGAAAAUACAAAAAUAAAUAAUUUUCAUAAGUAUUUUUACCCCUGAGUCAAUACAUGUUAGAAUCAGUCUUUCUGGGUAAGUCUCUAAGCUUUGCUGGAUUGUACAAUAUUUUUGCACAUUUGUUUUUUUUUUAACAUUUUUUUUCAAGUUGGUGGUUGUUCAUUGUUUGGCAGACAUUUUCAAGUCUUGCCAUAGUUUUGACAAAUCUGCUUGAAAAUCUAACUCGGCCACUCAGGAACAUUCACUGUCUUGGUAAGCAACUCCAGUGUACAUUUGGCCUUGCGUUUUCGGUUAUUGUCCUGCUAAAAGGUGAAUUAGUCUCUGUUGGGAAGUAGACUGAACUAGGUUUUCCUCUAGGAUUUUGCCUGUGCUUAGCUCUCUUCCGUUUAUUUAUUUUUCAUCUCCUUUGCAGUUGACAAGCAUACCCAUAACAUGAUUCAGCCCCCACCAUGCUUGAACAUAUGAAGAGUGGUACAGAGUAAUGUGAGGUGUUAGCUUCACCCCAAACAUAACACUUUGUAUUCAGGACAUACACUUAUUUCUUUCCCAGUUUUUUUUUGUUGCUUUAUUACAUUAGUGCCUCUUAUUGCAAACAGGAUGCAUGUUUUUGGGAAUAUUUUAAUUCUGUACAGACUUCCUCCUUUUCACUGUCAUUUACAUUAAUAUUGUGGAGGAACUACAAUGUUGAUCCAUUCUCCUACCACAGUCAUUAAACUCAACUGUUUUAAAGUCUC